AUGUCCCUGCGUAAUGUUUUAGAUCCCAAAGCGACCAAGAUCUCGGUCUCUUCUACAACACCUGGAUCAUCGAAGAAACAUCUCUUGAACCCCUCAGCAUCCGACGAAGGUCAACCGUGGUCGUCUAAUAUCCCUUCAUCACUCCAUCUCACAUUCGAUCAACCCAUCAAAGCAUCUCAUUUCGCGCUCACCUUCCAAGGUGGAUUCGUCUCGACCGCAAUCUCAGUAUGGGUCGCUAGGUCAGAAGACGCUGAAGGUAAAUCAGUAGGUUUAGGUUUAAUGUUGGGCGGUAAAGUCUUCCCUGAAGAUAGGAACAAGAGACAGGUUUUCAAAAUCGCAUUUCCUCCAGUUGGAUUAUCGCCCACAGACGAAAAUGGACCUGCGGCUUCAAAAGGUCCUACGAUAGUAACUGAAAUCACACCUCAAGAAGCACAAUCAGGUGCAGUCGAAGCUCACCCUGAUGGAAAAGGUAUCGUGAAAAAAUCAGAUGAUGACGAAUUACCUUAUUUGACAGAAUUGAAAUUGGAAUUUGAGAAAAGUUCAGAUCAAUAUGGUAGGAUCACUUUGUACUCUAUUGAAGUACUCAGAGAGUAG